CUGCUCCCUCAGAGCGGUGCGGCGGGCGGGAGGAGGCGGAGGGGUACGCGCGGCAGCAGCGGUGGCGGCGGCGCUGCCAAAGCCCUCGUCAUGGCCGGGCUGUGGGAGCGGCUGGCGGGCGGCGACAGGGCCCGCAUGGAGAGCUCCGACUGCGAGUCGCUGGGCAGCGCCUCCGGCUCGGAGGGAGAGCCCGACUCGGCCGACCAGGCCUCGCUGCCGGACCUGGACCUGCUGCUGCACGACCCCGAGGACGAGGUGCUGUGCGCCCAGCUGCUGGAGCUGGUGCAGGCCACCCUGGGCAAGGCGCCGCUGGGCGCCCGGCGCUGCUCGCGCCUGCUGAUGCCGGCCCAGCUCGUGGCGCAGGUGAGGACGGAGCUGCUGCGCCUGGCCUGCAGCGAGCCCUGUGGGCUGCGCGGGGCCCUCCUCGACCUCUGCGUGGAGCACGGCAAGGCCUGCCACGACGUGGGGCACAUCGCCGUGGACCCCGCCGUGGUGCCCACCUUCCAGCUCACCCUGGUGCUGCGCCUGGACUCGCGCCUCUGGCCCAAGAUCCAGGGACUCUUCGCCUCGGGGCCCGCCUUCACCCCGGGCUUCAGCCAGGCCUUGAAGCUGAGCACGGGCUUCAGGGUCAUCAAGAAGAAGCUGUACAGCUCCGAGCAGCUGCUCAUCGAGGAGUGCUGAAGGGGACCCGGCUCACACAAGUGCUUCGGAGGAGCUGUCACUCAGCGAGCUGGCCGCAGUAGUUUAGGUUAGGCUGGAGUAGGGUGUAGGUGGACGGAGCCGGGGCAGGCGGGGGCCCUGCCAGGCGGGCGCGGGGCCGUUUGGUGCUCGCCUCACUUCCGUGGUUGUAGGCUGGUGGUGGUGACGGCACUCCUGGGCUCGGCAGCGGGGCUGCCGCGGGGGCAGGCGCUCCCCUCCCGGUUAAUUCUUUGUGUGUGUGUUUUGUAACAGUGAUUGUAAUCAAUGGGGUUUCUGGGGGAGGGCGCACGUCGGGGGGGGAGUGACGGCGGAGCGGGGCCUGGAUCAAAGACAAAACUCCCCCGCCGGCAGCUGUGGGGGGAGAGGGGCGUGCGGGGGCUGUGGGGACGGAGGGCAGGACCCCUCACCAGUGCACCCCGUGCGCGCGCUCCGUUGGUUACAGUUGACACUCGUACACUUGAUGUUCAAGUGCAAGACUUCCUAUGCAAUUGUGUUUUUUACUUUUCUAAUAAAACUGGUUCGAUUGAUAA